ACCUAUAUAUAAUUUGUAAUUAUAAUGUUUUAAGCUUUUAAUUAAAUAUUUAUGGAUUGGAUAGCAUAAUGUUCUUAAUUGUCUUACACAGUUAAUACCAUACUAUCACAUUUAAACAAAAAUUGACCUUUGGUUUAACUGAUAUGAACAGUUGAUGGCCACAUUAAUUUAUAGCACUUAAAUAAGGAUAUCCAUCCACCAAAUUUCAUUUAAACAAAAAAAACAUUAAAGAAAUGUUAUUCUUUGGUAUAAUUGGUUUCGGUGUCUUUCUUUACGGCUGUUUCUACACGUUGGCAUCCGUUAUUUUCGAUUGUGAUGUCCGAUUAGGCUUCUUGGACAAAUUUGGAAAAUCUCCAAGAAGACUUAAAGGGAAAGUAGCCUUCAUAACAGGUGCCUCCAGUGGUAUAGGAGAACACACUGCAUAUGCUUUAGCGAAAGCUGGAGUAAAAUUGGUUUUGACUGCUCGGAGGAGCUUAGAGCUUCAAAGGGUGAAACAACAAUGCAUAGUGGUUUCAAAUGGCCAACUGGAAGAAAAAGACAUCCUGGUUAUCCCAAUGGAUGUCCUGGAUCUGUCUUCACAUAAAACCCAUUUUCAGCAUGCCAUAAGACAUUUUGGUCAUGUAGACAUUUUAAUAAAUAAUGCAGGAAGAUCCCAGAGGGCAAACUGGGAAAAUAUAGACAUAACAGUAGACAGGCAGAUGUUUGAACUGAAUGUAUUCGCAGUAGUUAAUUUGUCCCGGGUGGCACUGGAGCAUUUUAAUAAAAGAGGACAGGGACAUUUGGCUGUGGUGUCAAGCCUGGCCGGAAUUCUGGGAGCUCCAUUUUCAGGUUCAUAUACUGGAGCAAAACAUGCCAUUCAUGGUUAUUUUAAUGGGCUUAGGGCCGAAAAGUUGGGCACACAAAUCCAUGUAACGCUCCUUUGUCCGGGACCAACUUUCACUAACUUUUUAGCUGAAGCAUUCACUGACAAGGAUGGAGAGAAACACCAUGGAUCCACCAAGCCAACAGAUAAAAGAAUGACUGCAGAAAGGUGCGGUCACCUUAAUGCUGUGGCUAUAGUAAAUAAAGUGGGUGAGGCAUGGAUGGGACUAUUUCCACUUAUGCCAAUGGUUUAUGUCUCAAUAUACUUCCCCAAUUUGUACAGUUUAGGAAUGAGGAUAUUGGGCCCGCAAUACCUCUAUAAGCUGAGAGAUAGUAAAGAAUAUACAGGCUUCACAGAGAUGAGCAAAACUGAAUAAAGGUUUGGUUAGUUUACAUGGUAGAGUGGUGAUGGAUUUAGAGAGAACAGGACUAUUUUCGUGUUAAAUAUGUUUUGAAUAAAUAUGUUUGCUAUAAAUUUA